GUUUGCGUGCGCAUAGGAAAGACAGUCGCCGACGAUUUUCUUAAGUGUUAGAUAAAUUUUGUGCGUCGACGGAUUAACACGUGUAAGCUAGAACGGUUCUUCGCGCAAGUGCUAAUUAAUAUUUGAGUGAGAGAAAGUGGUGGCGAUUCAAGUGUAAGAUCUACUUCUGUGCUCAUGAUCAAUAUGGAAAGUGCAAACAGUGAUAACACUACAAGUUUUAAGGGGAAAAACAAUUUCAGUAUUGAACACUUGUUGGCGAAACCAGAUAAUUAUCGAGCACCUUGUGGAAAACAAAAUAUUGAUAGCAAUAGUGACCAACAUUGUGUUCAAAAUGCAUGUGAAGUGGCUGAUCGACGGGAAGACAAAGCUGCGAGUAGUGAUCAAUACGUGGAGUGUUCAACAUCACCUGAUUCGAGCUGUAAUGAGGAAAUGAUGGACAACUGCAGUGAAGCUGCAUCUGAGGAAAGCAUUACAGGAACAUCUGACGACCGCAAGAAACGACCAAGAACAGCGUUCUCAGCUGCUCAAAUUAAAGCUUUGGAAACAGAAUUCGAACGAGGAAAAUAUUUAUCAGUAGCCAAGCGAACAGCAUUGGCCAAGUCGUUGCACCUGACAGAAACUCAAAUCAAAAUUUGGUUCCAAAACCGGAGAACCAAAUGGAAACGAAAGUAUACAUCCGAUGUUGAACAGUUGGCCUCACAUUACUACUCCCAGCUAGGCAUUGGAAACUUUGCUCGCCCAAUGGUAGUUGGUGAUCGCCUAUGGCUGUUUAGCCAAACACCGAAUGGACCUACUCCGGUGCAAUCACUUUUGCUCAAUACACCCGCCCAUAUUGGGACAUCUCACCCGGCAAUGAGACAGUUUCAACCGAUUCCGCCAACUCCGGUUGGUGCCUCUAACUUCGCUAGCCGUCCCAGUAAUGGUUACUCCGUGAGCUACCUCCCAAAAUCUGCCGCACAAGGGCCUUCUUAUAGCCUAAAUCGAUUUCCAGCUACAACACUCAAGCCCAUACCCUUAGAAGACACCCCAGGAUUCUACAAAUCCGCACCAGAAAUGAUCGACAAUUACUACGGCAUUCCAAGGUUUGGACCAACGGAAUUUGUUAACGGAGAAGUGUCUCCCAUUAGUAGCAGUUCCGGUAUUGCAGACCUGGAAAGAGCGUUUGGCAAUCCUAGCAGUUUAUUGGAUGGACAGAUUGCUGCUAGAUCAACUGAAUCCCUGCCAAGGUUUGGUGCAGCCUUGUCCAACGAAGAAGGCAUUCAAACUGGUAUAAAUAAUGACAUCGCAACGGACUCUUCCAGUGAAAUAGACUGCGAAGAACUUGAUGAGAAAGACUAAUUAUAUGCAAACUACCUGUCAUGUUGAAACCAAAAAUAUAUAUGAGUAAGCGUUAUACUAAG